UCUGAACGCAAACACACCGAACAGAAAAUAGAAGUAGUUCACAAAUGUUGUCUUAAAACUUUAGCAUGCGACUGAGCAAGUCUAUAUUCCUGAAGCGUCGAGCUUAAUAGUUUAGUCUAACGGGCGUCUUUCAAAUGAAACCUGCAACACUGGAAGUAAUAGUAUGGCAGAGGAAAGGCUGCUGUUUAUAGAUAUUGAACCGAAGUCAAACACCUCUGGUCCUGUUGACGACAGAGCUGAGACUCGCAGUGACAACCCUUUUAGAUUCAACUUCCUCCUUGACAACUCUCCAGCACUUCAGGAGGAAACAUCUCCAUCAGUCAGCAGGACCGAACCAGGAGCGAGCCAGAUAUCCUCAACAGGACAAGGCUCUGCUUUUGCCUUCGACUUUCAAAUUUCUCCUGUUGAAGACAUGGAGACAACAGAGACCCAAGACAUUUCCUCUCCCACCAACAAACAAUGUGUCCAAGAGGAAAAGCCUUCCCCACUGCAGGAGGUUAACUCUCCACCUGAGCCAUCAGUGCAAUCAAAAGCAAAGAAGAAGAAGAAGAAAUCUGGAAAGAAAAACCUCUCAGAUAGCGCUGAUGCACAGCAGACGCCAAGUUCAGCUGAGGGGAGUCAAGGCAGCGAGGCGGCAGAGGGGAGUGCAGAGGAGCAGCUGAACAGACAGCUGGACUGGUGCAUCGAGCAGCUGGAAUUGGGAAUGGGGUCCCUGAAGAGUACACCAAAACAGAAAGAGGAAACCUCUCGUGCCCUGAAAACUCUACGAAGCUCAAAAGCUCCUCUGGCCAAGAAGAGGCAGGUGAUGAGAGCCAUGACCGGAGAUUACAGGAAAAAAAUGGACGAGGAGAAGAGCAAGCAGCACAAACUCAUUCAGAGUGAAAUUGCAUCAGCUCAGGUCAAAGUUGUUUCCAAUUCUCCAAAGAAGUCAUCUUUCCACCGAAGAGCUGAGGUCAAAAAGCAGACAAAAGCCCCAGAGGAGAACCGGGAUACUGCCCAGGAUACAGACCUGAAAGGACAAACGCAGGAGGAGACGUCAGCUUUUGUUUUUACACCAUCAAAGGAGGAGUUUCACUUCAAUUUUCUCUGAUUUGCACCCUGGAGACACGUUUCCCCAAACGUCAUGUUGAACUGUGACUGUGGGCUGCAUUGGAGAUAAUAGGAGAAAAACAAUCAUAACACUUAAAAUCACACAUUCAAACUUUUCCAUUGCUGACUGCUUGUA